AUGACGCCUAACUCCCCGCAGCUGAGCCGGGGAGGCUGUGGCAGGGGUGGCCUUGGAGGUACAGGAAGGAGCCGCUACAAGCCUGGCCUCCCCGACCUCGUGUCUCAGGAGUCCUGGAGCAGGAGCGGAGGGCACUCGCUCAGCCGCUCUCUCCUAGUGCCCGCUGCAGGUCAGGCCCUGAGCCUGGCCAGGGUGGCCGCACCCUGGACAGAACUCCUACCUCUCAGGAACUCCUGUGCCCACGUCAGGGUCAGCAGAAGAUGGACAAGAGGAAGCAAAUCAGUCGAUGGACAGGGGCCUGGACCCCCAAGAAGGGUCCCAGAGUGCGUCCCCCCCAGUACGUUCCAUCACUGCCUCCUGGAGGCCGGAUACAGCGUGGACGGCCCUCAGUCCCCACCACAGAGGGCCCCACAGAGGAGCUCAGAGCUGCGUCCUCCUGUCACCGGAGCAGAUGAAGUGCCACCUGCUCCCCUCUCUGGAGCUUGUCACUUCCAGUUAGCAAGUCCCUGGGGAGGCUGCUGCUCGCCUGCACCUGGAGCCCAGGACCCUCCCUCCAGGCCCCGGCCUUGGGAACCAGCUCCCCGGGAGCUGCAGGACACCAGCCAGGGACCCCCCAGAGCCCGCACCCCUUCAAGGCAAAGUGGGCCGUCCCUCGUCCCCUGCCCAGGGGAGCCUGUCCUCCCCCGGAAGCCAGGAUGGGCUCUGCCCACAGCCCUCCCUGGCCCGGGGGAACUUGCUGUUGAGACCCACUUCUCGGAGCCAUCCUGGGCCAGCCGGGAGCCCGGUCAGGGCUGGAAACUUCUGCAACAAAAACCGUGUGCCUCGGAGGUGGGACCAGUCCCCGCCCACCGCCGCAGCCUCCCACAGGGACAGUCCCUUCCAGAAGGGCCUCCUGCUCCUUGUGCCCUGAGGGGGAGAGAGACUCAGUCACCAGGCUCUCACAUCAGCCCACCCAGUCCAUGUCGCCUCCCUCCUUGGGGUCCUCCUCGGUCAAAUGGGGCACAAAACAGGCCCCCCCAAGGACACUUAUGGGGCGCCUGCUGUGUGCACCCUCGUUGGGAGCCCUCCUGCAUUGGCUCAUUCUUCCUCGUGGCAACCCUGUGGUGAAGCCUCCAUCCUGGUCCCCCAUCCACAGUGCAGGACAGGCUCCAACUGCGUGGCACCUCAGGCUCCCUCUGCAGCACCCGCCUCUCUUCGGGGCUUUGGCAGGGACUGGGAGCAAGACAGCCUCUUUGCCUUGUCGUGGAUGAAAUUGGAUGAAAUAAUAAAACAUUAUUGAGCCUUAAAAGGGAAGAAGA